AUGUGCGAGACCUUCCUGGACGACAACAUACCUCCAAGCUACGCCCGCGUCCGGGGUUACUCGCCCUGGAUAAGGAAAGACCGCUUUACACGGGGAGGUGGCGUGGCCUUCUGUUAUAAAGAGUGUGUUAACGUUCAGGUGGUAGAGUCUCCCACGAACAUGCCCAGUGACCUGGAAAUGCUAUUUUGGAAAAUAAUAGACAGUGUGGGUAGAAGUGUACUGUGCAUUGGCUGUUAUCGUCCUCCUUCUCAAGGCGCAGCGAUAACAGACUACCUCACAGAAAACCUGGACCUAUUGUUGACGGCCAACCAGUGUGAGGGAGUGAUAAUUGUAGGUGACUUGAACCCACACACAGUGCACGCCUCAUUUAACACGCUACUGGUGGUACAUGACCUACAUAAUCAUGUCACCUUCCCCACUCAUGUCUCUGGGUCAUCUCUUGACCCUGUGGUGACCGAUCUUCCCCCCAGUGAUGUUCAGUGUUCACCCUUGGACUUUAUAGGCACCUCAGAUCAUGUAGCUGUCAUCACCAAAUUCCACUUCAGACGCCAACGUGAGGAGAACCUCUCCCGCACUCUGUGGAAGUGGGAAGCCACAGACUGGGGAGCCUUAAGGGAGGACCUGAGAAGGACGAACUGGGGAGCAGAGCGCUGGGUACCACACUCCUCUCACACCACCAAGCCCUCUGACCAGCCCUGGUUUGGACCUGCGUGCCGAGAAGCCUCUGACGACAAAUACCGGGCAUGGAAAGCCUACAAGAGGCAUCCGACAGAGGGCAACAAAAGACGUCACAGAGCAGCCUCCCUGAGAAUGAGGCACACACAAGAGUGGGCCUCAGAGCAAUGGAAGGAGGACCUCAGGAGGAAGCUCCGUGGCGGACAGGUGGGCACGAAGAGGUGGUGGGGCAUUGUGAAAGACCAGCAGGGUGAGGAGAGAGGCGCCAGCAUCUCAUCCCUCUUGCAGGAGGAUGGCAGUCUGGCCCACUCAGCACAUGAGAAGGCCAACCUCCUGGCGAAACACUUUGCUGGAAAAAUGAGCGUGCCCGACCCUGAGAAGACACCACCAACGAUGCCUCACACCAUAAAGGACACACUUCUGGAAGUUAAAACGAGUGAAUCCGAAGUGAGGAAAAAGCUUCUAGAAGUGGAUGAAAAUAAGGCGACAGGGCCGGACAAUAUAAGCCCUCGCUUGCUCCGUCAGUGUGCUAAUGAGCUGGUGCGACCACUCGCCUUACUGUUCACUCGGUGUCUCGAGUCCGGCACGUGGCCGGCAGCCUGGAAAUCGAGCAAUGUAGUGCCAGUACACAAAAAAGGAGGCAAGAACCAGUGUAAAAACUAUCGCCCUGUGUCCUCCCUGGAGGACCGCUCUGUUAGGGUAGCUCCAGAAGUUUCUGCUCGGCUUUCUGUGACAUCCUCUGUCUCAGACCGGGCUUCUUGUGAUGAGGAUGGUCUUCGCAUGGAGACCGUUUCAGAGAAUCCCUAG